GGCCUGGAGUGAAGUAAGUCAGUUGGUGAUUGGGCAGUAUGACUCUUUUCGACUGUGAAAAUGUCUUUGAAUAAAAGUUCAGUUGUUAUUCCAAGCCAGCUUCGCCUUACUAUUAUUUUAUUCCUUAUUUGUUCUACAACAAUCGCCGGAUUCUUAUUUACGUACUUUCAAAUACAGGCGUUGAAGAAGGCUUCAGAAAAUUGUUUAUGUUUACACCAAUCUGAAGACGGUGGCAUCGAUGGAAAGGCCAAAGCUCAUUAUCGUAGCGGACCAAUUCAUCCUGGCGAAGUCGAUACACUGUCAGGUGGCAGCGAUCCUUCGGCCUCAGAUUCGGUCGUGAUGGUAUUCUUAGAUAUAAGUCUUUUGGAAGAACUAACAUCAACUUCAGAACGAAAGAAACGUGGAUCAUCUCAAUACCUGUCGGCUUUGGCUGAGAUACCCAUUCGAAUCCCGGUAUCAUCAAUGGUUCAGAUAUGCAAUUCAACACAGAUGGUUUGUAAAGAUAAGAAAGGUCCAAAAGGAGAGCGAGGCCCUCAUGGUGAACAAGGAAGACGUGGAAGACCUGGUCAUCCUGGCAGAAAUGGUGCAGUGGGACCACCUGGUCUCCCUGGUGUUAAUGGAACAACAUGUGUAAAUCAAACCACUGCAGAUUGCCAAUGUGUGUGCUCAACCCUUCAAUCACCAGAGGAAGGUGUCCAAGUUGGAGCAAAAAAUGACAGUGAUGAAUUGUCCAGCACAACUCCAACAAUAAAUACAUUGAUCAGCAAAAAAUCUGCUGACAAUAAUCAACAAAUACAAAGUCCUAGUGGUACCACUCUUUUACCAGAUAUUACUGGUUUUUAUGUGACUGAUAUAGCCACUGAGGAAAUAACUCAAACUGUUAAUACAUUUUCAGAAACAGAUGUUUCAAAUGUAGAUGGUCUAGACGGGCAAAUCUUGGAUACUACAAAUGCUCCAUUGCAUCCGGUCAAAAAUUAUACAAGUGUGUCAGGAGCAAGUAAAAUUAGAUCAACUAAUACUACCACUUUCGAACUACAAGAAGAAUCCAAAAAAAAUGUUCCAGCAUUGAAACAGACGACAGACAAAAACCGCACUAGUGUGUCAGAAAAUAUUGGCCAACAAACCUCUAGACCCAGUUUAACCCAAAAUGAUUUCCAAUCAUCUGAAAAAUCUGAUGCCACGUCACCACUUCGAUUCACAACUAGCACUGUGAGUUCAUCUGCUACACCAGUUGUUGGCAUGACAGUAAUUUCCAAAAUAGUUCCAUCUGAAUUGAGUCUGUUGGAGAAAGAUGGAGACAGUGGUGCUCCAACUGGACAACCGGAACCAAUAGUGAUAUCUAGAAUCAAAGAAGUAACAGAACAUACUACACGGUUGUUGCCGGAAAGGAUGGAUGCUGAUGACCCAGAAUCAUCACUUUCUGUUACCGCAGGGCUUCCAGUAUCAAAACAAGGAGAAGAAAAGAAAGAAUAUCCUGUGUCUUCACAAUUUUCCAAUAGGCUUCUGGUGAUUUCAAAAGGACAACCCGGGUUCCCAGGUCCAAUUGGGUUUAAAGGUGAAAAGGGAGAAAAGGGUCAUAAAGGAAAACGUGGACAAAAAGGUGAAACAGGUUCAAUUGGACCAGAUGGACAACCUGGCCCCACUGGGCCAGCUGGACAACCAGGUCCCAUUGGGCCAACUGGUGAAACUGGCAGUUGCCAAUGUAGCUCAAGUGAGGUUUUCUUUCAGAUCAGAAAUUUCACACAGAUAUUUGAUCGGCGUUUAGAACAAAUAAUUGAUGAAAUUGCUGAACAAAAAAGUCUGAAUGUAGAUUCUCUGGACACUGAAGUUUUUUACGAAACACAGACAGAAGUAGUUUCUGAAUACUUUGAGUCACAUGCUGGCAGCCAAUUAAAAGAAUUGCACUUGGAACAGCUACAAAAUAUUUCAUAUCAACUACAGCAGAAAAUGAACGUCUACCUUUUGGAGGCUGAGCGGAGACUUCUUGGACACGUUGCUGAAUUGACAGAACUUGCUCAAAAUAUUAGUAAACAACAAGGACCUCCAGGGCCACCAGGACCAGUAGGGCCUCCGGGAUCUAAAGGAUUUAAGGGAGACAAAGGUAGACGAGGCACCAAAGGAGAUAAGGGUUCAGGUGAACGUGGUCCACCAGGUGUAAAAGGUGCCAAAGGUUAUAAUGGAAGUGAGGGAUUACCAGGUUCAAAUGGUCCGAAAGGAGAAAAAGGGGAGAGAGGAAUCUCAGGUAGACGAGGCACCAAAGGAGAUAAGGGUUCAGGCGAACCUGGUCCACCAGGUGUAAAAGGUGCCAAAGGUUCUAAAGGAAAUAUUGGAGUACCGGGUCAGAAUGGUCUGCAAGGCGAAAAGGGGGAGAAAGGAGCUUCGGGUGUUAUGCCAGGCGAUCGAAGCUCACCAGGUGAACCGGUGGAUGAAAAUGAAGAAGUUGAAAGUGUGUCAGAAACACAUUAUUUAGAAGAGGACAAAGAACCACCUUUUGAAAGAAGUCCUGGAGGAGAUUGCGAAUUAGUUGCUGUAAAAGGAUUCCGCAAGGAAGCUAAACAAGGUGUUUAUCAUUCUGCAUGGAUGAAGGAUCCUGUAGGAAGUGAUGAUAAACUAUGGUUUGCAGAAGGGUUCCUGGAAAAUGUAUUAGAAGAAUACAACUCUAUGGCAGCAUUCAAAGAUGGUAAUACCUCAGCUGUUUAUACACUUCCGUUUUACUGGGAUGGUAUGGGCCAUGUUGUGUACAAUGGCUCAUUCUAUUAUCAUCGUGGACUGCGACAAGUCAUCCGAUACGACCUAAAAUCUCAAACUAUUGUUGCUAGGGUGGAUAUUCCUUCUGUCGCAUACCGUAACAGUAAGUAUGCAUACAAGAGUGGGUACACGUUUUUGGACUUUGAAGUGGAUGAAAAUGGAUUGUGGGUUAUUUAUUCUAGUCCACAAAGUAAUGGAAACAUAAUGGUGAGUAAGCUGGACAGUCAAGAUUUAAGCAUCAUCAAAACAAUAACAACGGGUCACGAGAAGCAAUUGGCAGCUGAGGCUAUUAUCGUAUGCGGUGUUCUUUAUACCAUCAAAAGCUACACAAAAGGUGCCACAACUUUCAACUAUGGAUUUGAUUUGUACAGCGGGAAAGAAAUACCCAAUGUUGAUAUAAAAUUCAACAUUGAAUAUGGUAAAUUAACUAUGCUAACGUAUAACAUCCAAGACCGAAAACUGUAUGCGCUGGACAAAGGGCAUCUGGUAACGUAUACAUUAGAGUUCAGAGAUGAUGAAUCUGCUUCAGACAAUUCAUAGGCAGGUAGCCAGCUAGGGUUGCCGAAUAUAAUAUUUAUCAGCUAGAAUGGUGUGUUUCCCAAAUUUUCCCGUUUUUAUCUAUGGUUCCUAUGCAAAGCUGUAACCCUUAGAAUUUUUCGUGAUCUAUUUUGUUGUUUCUUUUUUAGCCCAACUGUGUGAGACCCUCUACUCCAGGGGUCCUAUGUCUUUUCUUUUUCAUCAACAGAAUUCAUUUAAAACAAUUCCUAGUUCAGUUGAUCCAUGAAGUUUUCAGAAGCUCUAUGUCUGAUGGUACUGUACUACAGGAUACAAAUUUUAUUCUCAUAGAAAACAAAGAUAUAAUAUAAUAUAAGGAGAGUAUAUUUUAUGUAAUGUUACAAUGAAAUAUUUUUUUAAACAAUAUCGAAGAAUGAUGAUGAGAUUGAUGAGUUGGUAAGUUACUCCCAGAAACUGUCAGUUUUUGGUAGUUUCAGAAAUUUAAUUUUUUUUUAUUGGGCUGCUUUCUAUGAAUGAUACAACAUUUUUAUUGUAUAUAAUAUAACUAUAUUUCUUCUACAUCUAGAAAUGUAUAAAAUGUUCGAAAAAAAAUAUAAGAUUUAGAAUGUGUGUGUAUUUGUCCAUGGAGGAAUUAUCUAAACUAAUUCCUUCUUGAUUUGUCAUAAAAAAUUGUCAUUAAACUUCCAGUCCCUGGUGGAUGGUUUGGAAGUUUAAACUACAAGGUAAAAUGAUAUAAUAUCGACUUUCAUUCCUAAGGAAAAAAACAUAAGGGUAUAUAUGUAAUAAGUUGUAGACAGCAUAAAGCUUAUGAUAAGUUAAACCAUUUUGCCAAGUGUUGACAAAGAAUAAUCAUCAUCUGAUAUCUGUAUCAGGUUCAUGUGUCCUUACUCGGUAAGUGUACACUACAGAGGGCUCACUCUUAAGUAACCUUAUAAUACUGCUAAAUGAAGUUAUUUGAUCAUAAAAAAAUGAUAUUCUUAAAAACCACCAGUACGUACUGUAUGCUAGUAUUUAAUUUGCUAUGCUUUUGUUUACAAAACAAAUUUGUGAAGUAUUUCACACAACUGUAGUUUCACCCAUUUUGUACAGUACAUAACAUAUAUGUUGCUUGAUGAUUGAUUUCAAUAAAUAAAAAUGUUGAUGAUGAGUCAGUUUUGAUUUUCAAUAAACCAAUAUUGAAAGAGC